AUGGGGUCAGGAGCAAAGACCAGUACCAUGACAAUGUGGGGGGACUCAGAUCGCCUCCCUCCUCCGCAAAAGUCCAAAAAGCCAAGGUGGCCAUUUGCCAAAAGAGGAAUUAGUAAGGACAAACAGAAGCAAGCAUCUGAUCUGGAAAACUGUCUUUCAACUGUUAAGAUCAUAGAUUUCAUCACAUAUGAAUUUUGCCAUUUUAAGAAUAAAUCUUGGCAUGAAUUUAUAAAGGCUCAGGAGAUUGAGCAGAAAGAUGCCGACAGCAGAUUAGAAGUAAAGAAAGAAGCCGCCGUGUGGGAACUGUUCACAAGUGAAUGCACUUACUUUCUGGAUCAUUUGCUGGUUCUCAAGAUGAUAUUUAUGAACACGCUAAAAUACCUGCAGAGUAAUGAAUUUCUGUUGGAUGUGGAUUUGUGGAGACUUUUCGCAAACUUAGAGGAGUUAAACAAGAUGAGUCUCAGUUUUGUAAGCAGUUUUUUUGAAAUUGUGAAGGAGUGUGUCAACAGCUCAGAAUCGUCUAUGGAUUUCAUCUCCAUACUCAGAAAGUAUUUUCAGGGUGACCUCUGUCAGACACAUCAGAUUUAUUGCCUUAAUUACUCCUCUGCUGUCUUCUACUUGGAGAACCUGAGACAAAGAGAAGAUUUUGGAAUCUACCUGAAAUGGUGUGAGCAGAACAAACAUUGCAAAAGACUACAUCUGCCAGAGCUGCUGGUCGCUCCUCUACAUCGACUGACCCGCUAUCCCCUCCUCCUUAACAACAUCUGGCAGAGGUGCACAGAUGAAACAGAAAAAGGCUUUAUUUGGUCGGUUAAAGAAAAGGUGGAAAAGUCCGUACGGGAUCUGGAAGGUAAAGUCAAAUGGCUGGACAACUUUCAGAAGUUCAGGCAGCUGCAUGAGGUCAUACUUUGGCCUCAAGUCUGGGAUCGUGACAAGAGAUUCUUUGUUCCAGAGUGCUUGAAACAAAGCUUAAGAGAAAACAGCAGGGAAAACAUUUUGUCUUCAAUGAACAGGCUUCUUCUUCAUGAAGGAAGGUUAACGCUAGCAGAAAGUACAAGACUCCUUGAUGUCUACCUCUUCCUAUUUGAUGAUUUCCUAUUAAUUACCAAAAUUAAACGUAACAAAAAGAAACAUGGGGGCUCCGACACAGGCUUAAUCCCUGUUUGUCCUUCCCUCGCUCCGGAGCUGCAGUCACUCAUAAGGGAAGGCGGGUUUUGUACAGUCCUAGACCAGCCCAUCCCGUUAGACAGACUGAUACUGAGAACCGUCGAUCCCUUCCACGUAACAGUCUUCAGCCUGCGAAAUGCUUUCCUAAUACAGCAUGAAAAUCGGUAUCAGCAGUGCAUAGCAGUCUUCUUGCUACAAGCACAAACAGAGACUGCCAAGAAAACAUGGAUGUCUCAGAUAGAAACUGCAAUCUCCAAUUACACUAAGCAACAUGAAACCAAGAAAAGAACUGUUUUCUGCUUCCCAGCUGAAUCCUCUGAAAUUUAA